AUGGAUCAACAAAACCAGUCUGGCCCUACUGGGCGCAAACUCCAUAUCGCUCACCGGAGAAGUCCAUCUGAGCUGACCCCUCUGAUGAUGGAACAACUUGCCAUUCAACAACAGAUUGAGCUGCUCCAGCAGCAGCAACAGCAGAUCGCUGCUACACACCAACAGUAUGUCAAUAUGGGCCUGCUCCAGCCUCAGCAACUGGGUCAGGUCAACGCAUUCUCUCCCGGUGGUUCCAUGGGUGGUGUUUCGCCUCAAGUUAGCGCUUUCCAAUUCCCCCAGCAGCAGAACCAGCAGCAAGGGCAACAACAGCUCGGAUUGCCCAUGAACGCGAAUCAACACUCUCACCGUCGUAACCAGUCUGCCCUUCCCGGCCUUGCGAUGGGUCCACCCCCUGCCCCGUCGUCAGGUGCCUCCGGAUAUGCCGAUUACAACCAGCAGGGCCAGAACAAUCAGAAGAAUGAGAACGCCAACCACGGUCGUGGUCGUGGAGGCCCGCCUGGUGGUGGACACCAGCGCCGCCAUUCUCUGGCUCUGCCUGAAGCGAAAAAGGCUGCUGAGCUCGCGCAGCAGAAGAGAACGGCCUCUGGCUUCCAGUUCCCAGCCCCUUCUCCGGGGGCCGGAUCGGAUAACCAAUCGGGAUCGGAUGACAAGCCCCAACCCAGUACCUCUCCUGCACCCCAGGGACUUGGUCUGCAGCGGGCCGGUAACAUUCGUUCCGGUGGUGGUCAUGGCCGAAGCCAGUCUAUGGCCAUUGGCGGUAGCCGAGGUUCUAUCUCUGGUCGUGGUGCCGGCGGCUUUCAGUUCCCUGCGUCCAACGAUGCUGGUCAAUCUGACAACCAGCGCCGAGGUAGCCAGCCUGGUCAUGCUCGUACGGGGUCUCGGAACUUCGAUGGCAACUGGCGUCAGCCCAACAACCAGAACCAGAACCAGAACCAGGAUCAGCAGAAACCGUUCAACCAGCAGCAAGGUGGCGGCUUCCAACCUGGACACCGUUCGCGACCUUCUAUGAACCAGUCGAUGGGUGCCAUCGGCCAAUUCCAGUACCCUGGUCAGCCUCAGUUGAUUCAGUUGCCGCAGGGGCAGGUCAUGAUGGCCCCACCUCAGAUGUUUGGUGGGCAGCAGCUGAGCCCUCUUCAGCUUGCUCAGCUACAGGCGCUUCAGCAGCAGCAAACUGGGCAAGGUAUGGGUGGCCUUGGUGCGAGCCAGCAUGCCCCGCCGCAGCUGUCUGUUCAACAGCAACAGCAGCAGCAGCAGCAGCAACGGAAGACUCUCUUUACCCCUUACCUGCCCCAGGCCAACCUGCCUGCACUUAUUAGCAACGGACAAUUGGUUGCCGGUGUUCUACGUGUCAAUAAGAAGAAUCGGUCCGAUGCCUAUGUGACCUGCGCCGAGCUUGAUGCCGAUAUCUUCAUUUGUGGUAGCAAGGACCGUAAUCGUGCUUUGGAGGGUGAUUUUGUCGCCAUCGAGCUCCUGGAUGUUGACGAGGUUUGGACUCAGAAGAAGGAAAAGGAAGAAAAGAAGAAGCGCAAGGAUAUCACCGAUGCCCGUUCUAACAGCAACGCCGGCAAUGACAAGUUGGGUCGGUCUGACUCCAACGGCGAUAGACAAGAGAUUGGUCCAGAUGGAAGCAUCCGCCGCCGUGGCAGUCUUCGCCAGCGACCCACCCAGAAGAAGAACGAUGACGUUGAGGUUGAAGGCCAGAGCCUUCUGCUUGUCGAGGAGGAUGAGAUAAGUGAUGAGCAGAAACCUCUCUUCGCUGGACAUGUUGUUGCUGUCAUUGAGCGCAUUGCUGGUCAGAUGUUCUCCGGAACUUUGGGUCUCCUUCGCCCUAGCAGCCAAGCAACAAAAGAGAAGCAGGAGGCUGAGCGCCAGGCCAGAGAUGGUGCCCAUGGACGUCACCAGGACCGCCACCAGGACAAGCCUAAGAUUGUCUGGUUCAAGCCUACGGACAAACGUGUUCCUUUGAUCGCUAUCCCCACUGAGCAGGCUCCUCGAGACUUCGUGGAGAAGCACCAGGAUUAUGCCAACCGCAUCUUUGUCGCCUCCAUUAAGCGAUGGCCCAUCACCUCUCUCCACCCCUUCGGUACCCUGGUGGAACAGCUUGGUGAGAUGGGUGACCUGCGGGUUGAGACAGAUGCUUUGCUUCGUGACAACAACUUCGGAUCCGACGAUUUUACCGAUGCUGUUAUCAAGAGCAUCGGCUACGAGGAUUGGUCCGUUGCUAAUGAGGGUGAUGCCCUUGCUUCGCGUCGUGACUUCCGUGAAGAGACCAUCUUCACGAUCGACCCUGAGGACACCAAAGCACUGGAAGAUGCUUUCCAUAUCAAGAACCUUGAUGAUGGAAAGAUCGAGAUUGGUGUUCACGUGGCUGACAUUGCCCACUUCGUUAAGAGCAACUCCCUCGUUGACCGUGAGGCCAAGAAGCGCGGUACCGCAGUGUACCUGGUUGACCGGGUUAUGAACAUGCUACCUCCUCGAGUCUCUACGGAGCUUUGCUCCCUCGUUCCCGGCGAGGACCGCCUGACUGUGAGCGUUGUGUUCAAGGCCAACCUUGAGACCGGUGCCAUCGACGAUGACGUUUGGAUUGGAAAGGGUGUCAUCAAGAGUGCUGGCCGUCUCAGCUAUGAAGAGGUCAACGCGGUGAUUAAUGGCAAGUCGGAUAAGACCACUGCCGGUAUCACCUCGGACAAAAUCCAGCUGAUGAACACCAUCUCGCACAAGUUCCGCGACGCCAGAUUUGGCAACCGGGCAGCCAAUGUUCCUUCUCUGCGUAUUCUGCAGCAGCUUGAUGACGAGAAUGUGCCUGUGGAGUACAACAUUUUUGAUUCUACUCCAGCUCACGAGCUUGUGGAGGAGCUUAGCCGCCAGGCUAAUUUCUUCGUUGCCCGUAAAAUCUCCAGUGCCAUGCCUGAUAAGGCAUUCCUGCGUCGCCAGCCUUCCCCUAAUCCUCGCCGUCUUACCUUGUUCGUGGAAAGAAUGAACCGUCUUGGUUUCGGUCUGGAUGCUUCUAGCAGCGGUACUUUGCAGAGCACACUCUGCAAGCUGGAAGAUGUUGACCUCCGCAAGGGAAUGGAAACUUUGCUUGCGAAGGCCAUGCAGCGCGCCAAGUACUUUGUUGGAUCCAGUGUGUCGGAUGACCAGCGUCUCCACUACACCUUCAAUGUGCCUGUUUACACCCAUUUCACUAACCCAUCGCGCCGCUACACCGACAUCAUCGUCCACCGUCAGCUUGAAGCAAUCCUCUCAGAUGGUGCUAUUGAGUUCACUGAUGAUGUUGAGUCUUUGACCAAGACUGCCGACCUUGCCAACAACAAGAAGGACUCGGCUCACAAUGCACAAGAGCAGAGUGUUCACAUCGAGGCUUGCCGCAACAUGGAUCGCAAGGUACGCGAAAUUGGCGGCGAUCUCAUCAGUGAGGGUAUUGUGCUUUGUGUCUACGAGUCUGCGUUUGAUGUUCUCAUUCCUGAAUAUGGCUUCGAGAAGCGUGUACACUGCGACCAGCUGCCACUCAAGAAGGCCGAGUACCGCAAGGAUAGCCGUGUGCUCGAGCUUUACUGGGAGAAGGGUGUUCCUUCUUCCGCUUACGUUCCCGAGGAUGAACGUCCUAAGCCUGGCAAUUCUCGUGCUGCCCAGGCAGCGGCUGCCGCCCGUGAGGCCGAGGCUGCCAGAGAGCGCGCUCGUGAGCAUGACGAGGCCAUGCGGAAGCAGACAGAGACUGGUACCAUGUCUGCGGAUGCUGUUGAUGCGCUCUUCGACGAUGACGAUGAUGUUGAUGAGGUGACUGAAUUGGCUGCAGGCGUGUCUCUUAGCUCGGCUGACCGGUCGACUCAGAGCAUGCCCCCUUCGCCGACUCGCAACGGCCACCCCCAGCAGGCUCCUCACCGCACUCGCUCCGACCCGAAGAUUGCCUCGAGCACAGGCGAUGCGCCAGAGAGCAAGCUGACCAACAAGGAGAAAUAUCUGAAGCUGUUCAAGCUCAGAGAGGAAAAUGGCGAUUUCAUCCAGGAUGUCACCGAGAUGUCUCGCGUUCCCAUCAUUCUGAAGACCGACCUGAGCAAGAGCCCACCGUGCCUCACUGUUCGGUCUGUGAACCCUUACGCUCUGUAA